ACGGAGCACGGUGUACGGACUAGGAGCCGAGUUUGUUGAAAACAGGAACCAUUUUAUUUUCUUCGCAACACAUCCGGACACAAUUCAAUGACGGACGGGUCCCAUUCCGGUCCUGUUGUCAACAGAGAAGGAUCACGCGUGUUUUCAAGCCAGUAAAAUGCCGAAAGCUCAGAAAGGAAAAGGAAAAGCCCCGGAGAAAGUUGUUCACCCGUACAGCAGGAAAGCGGCUUACCUCGCCCGAGAAGAAAUCCGACUGCAAAAGAAAGAAAGGCAGAAGAAUGACAAAGCAACACGUCUAAGCGGCAUUGGUGAGAAGCUGUUGUGGUUUCAGGAACAGUUGGAUCCAGAAAAGACAACUUACACCAGAAAAGAGGCCUGUGAUAUCGUUGAAAGGUACCUCCGAAGGUUUGAUGCUGAACUUGAGCAGAUUGAGCUGAUGAAUGGGAUCAAAGGUCGGCAGGGUCGUCUCCAUGGCGCCAGAGAAGCUGUCAUCAAACAGACCAUAGAGCGAGAGCGAGGGCUUUAUGAGGGCAUCGGGUUGGAGAUUCCAGACAUCGUUAAUGCAAAGAAUCUGAAAACAUUCAGAGCGUGGAGUGGUGAUCUGAAGAAACUUCCUAAUAUUAAACUGCGAAAAGUGUCUCACAAAGAUUUGGAAACAAAAAAUGAGAAAGCGGAGAAACAUGACGACGCAGAAGAUGAUGAUGUGGAUGAUGAAGAUGACUUGGAGGCUGAGCAGCUGGAUGAGAUGGUGUUGAUGUCGGACUGAAACCGAGGCUGUAGCUCCUAGCUCAGGACGUCCAUUCAGGACAGCUGGUCAGACUGCCUUCAGCUAAGACUUUUUAUCGAAGGUGUGUUUUUGUGCCUGUGUAGGUCAAAAUGUUGCUGCUCCUUGA